GCGUCGUGGGGCGGGGCGGAGGAGCGUUGUCCGUAGGUCCUCAGACCUGUGUCCUCGGCCACCGCCCCCGCUGCUGACCUGUAUCCGCCCCUCGCCUGCCUUUAGAGGGUACAGGCGACAGCAGUUUCUCCAGGUGGUCGAACAGCCGCCACACGUCUCCGUCGAGCUACUUUUUCUGGUUGGCGGCUCCUCUGGGCUGCGUCCAGGUCGGGGGGUGGGGGAAAAUGGCGCCGGCGCCCCAAGGCGUCCGGGAGGAGCCGCUGCUGGAGUGUGGGUCCGGACUGCUUUCCCGGCUGCUCUUCCUCGCCCAGGUAGUCCUCCUCCUGCUGCCGGCCGCCCGGGCAGGCCUCUGCCCCGCGCCCUGCUCCUGCCGCAUCCCUCUGUUGGAUUGCAGUCGCCGGAAACUGCCAGCGCCCAGUUGGAGGGCGCUGUCGAGCUCACUGCCCCCCGACGCCGUCAGCCUGGAUUUGAGUCAUAAUCGGUUGUCUAACUGGAACAUAAGCUUGGAAUCUCAAACAUUACAAGAAGUGAAAAUGAAUUAUAAUGAGCUAACUGAAAUCCCAUAUUUUGGAGAACCAACCACUAAUAUUACUCUUCUCUCAUUAGUCCAUAAUGUAAUCCCAGAAAUAAAUGCAGAAGCGUUCCAGUUUUACCCUGCUCUCGAGAGUUUAGAUCUCAGCUCAAAUAUAAUAUCAGAAGUCAAGACAGCUUCAUUUCCUCGAAUGCAGCUUAAAUACCUGAAUUUGAGCAAUAAUAGGAUAACCAUCUUGGAGGCUGGUUGCUUCGAUAAUUUGUCAAGUUCCUUAUUAGUGGUAAAGUUAAACAGGAAUAGAAUUAGCAUGAUUCCACCCAAGAUCUUCAAGCUACCUCACCUCCAAUUCUUGGAACUUAAAAGAAACAGGAUUAAAGUUGUGGAAGGUCUCACAUUCCAAGGUCUAGACUCCUUAAGAUCUUUGAAAAUGCAGCGGAAUGGAAUUAGCAAACUCAAGGAUGGAGCUUUUUUUGGCUUGGAUAACAUGGAAGAAUUAGAACUGGAGCAUAAUAACCUUACAGAAGUGAACAAGGGGUGGUUGUAUGGCUUGCGAAUGUUACAACAGCUCUAUGUGAGCCAGAAUGCUGUUGAAAGAAUCAGCCCUGAUGCAUGGGAGUUCUGCCAAAGACUGUCUGAACUUGAUUUGUCCUAUAACCAGUUGACCCGCCUGGAUGAAUCUGCCUUUGUGGGUCUGAGCUUACUGGAGAGAUUGAACUUAGGGGACAACAGAGUCACUCACAUUGCUGAUGGUGUAUUUAGGUUUCUUUCCAAUCUUCAGACACUAAACUUAAGAAACAAUGAAAUUUCAUGGGCCAUAGAAGAUGCUAGUGAAGCCUUUGCUGGACUCACAAGUCUCACUAAAUUAAUCUUACAAGGAAAUCAGAUUAAGUCAAUUACAAAGAAAGCAUUCAUUGGUCUUGAAUCCCUUGAGCAUCUAGAUUUGAACAACAAUGCUAUAAUGUCUAUCCAAGAAAAUGCUUUUUCCCAGACUCGCUUGAAAGAACUAAUUCUGAACACAAGCAGUUUGCUCUGUGACUGCCAUUUGAAGUGGUUGCUUCAGUGGCUGGUUGAUAAUAACUUUCAACAUUCUGUGAAUGUAAGCUGUGCACACCCUGAAUGGCUAGCAGGGCAAAGCAUCCUGAAUGUGGAUCUGAAAGAUUUUGUCUGUGAUGAUUUUCUCAAGCCGCAGAUAAGAACCCAUCCUGAAACCACAGUUGCUCUAAGAAGCAUGAACGUGACUCUGACAUGCACUGCAGUGAGCAGCAGUGAUUCACCCAUGUCUACUUUGUGGCGCAAAGACAGUGAAAUCUUGUAUGAUGCUGAUAUUGAGAAUUUUGUUCGUUAUCAGCAACAAGCUGGAGAAGCUCUGGAAUACACUAGUGUCUUACAUCUUUUCAAUGUAAAUUUCACAGAUGAAGGAAAAUAUCAGUGUAUUAUUACUAAUCACUUUGGUUCUAACUAUUCUCAUAAAGCCAAACUGACUGUGAAUGAGAUGCCAUCUUUUCUGAAAACUCCAAUGGAUCUAACUAUUCGCACUGGUGCCAUGGCCAGAUUAGAAUGUGCUGCAGAGGGGCACCCUGCACCUCAGAUUUCCUGGCAGAAAGAUGGUGGUACUGACUUUCCUGCGGCUCGAGAGAGACGCAUGCAUGUCAUGCCUGAGGAUGAUGUCUUCUUCAUUGCAAAUGUGAAAAUAGAAGACAUGGGGAUCUAUAGCUGCAUGGCACAGAACAUAGCAGGCGGCCUCUCAGCAAAUGCUUCAUUAAUCGUGUUAGAGACACCCUCAUUUAUUAGACCUCUGGAGGACAAGACAGUAACCCGAGGUGAAACUGCAGUAUUACAGUGCAUAGCUGGAGGGAGUCCUGCCCCUCGCCUCAACUGGACCAAAGAUGAUGGACCACUGCUGGUGACAGAACGGCACUUCUUUGCUGCAGCCAACCAGCUUCUCAUCAUUGUAGACGCUGGGCUGGAAGAUGCUGGGAAAUAUACCUGCAUUAUGUCCAACACCCUUGGGACAGAACGUGGUCACAUUUACCUAAAUGUGAUUUCCACCCCCAAUUGUGACUCUUCCCAGAGUAGCAUUGGGCAUGAAGACGAUGGGUGGACCACAGUUGGCAUUGUCAUCAUUGUUGUGGUCUGCUGUGUUGUGGGUACCUCUUUGAUCUGGGUCAUUGUUAUUUACCACAUGAGAAGGAAAAAUGAAGACUAUAGUAUCACGAACACAGACGAGCUCAAUCUGCCUGCAGACAUUCCCAGCUACUUGUCUUCCCAAGGAACACUGUCUGAGCCACAGGAAGGCUACAGCAACUCUGAGGCAGGUAGUCAUCAGCAACUUAUGCCUCCUGCCAAUGGAUAUUUACACAAAGGCGCUGAUGGUGGCACUGGCACCCGGGUUAUCUGCUCAGAUUGUUAUGACAAUGCUAACAUCUACUCCCGGACCCGAGAAUACUGUCCAUACACCUAUAUUGCUGAAGAGGAUGUUCUAGAUCAGACACUGUCCAGCCUUAUGGUCCAGAUGCCCAAAGAGACUUAUUUGGCACAUCUUCCCCAAGAUGCCACCACCCUGGAGAGCCUGGUAUCAGCAGCAGAUAGAGAGAUGCCUGCCUUUCCCACCAACCAUGAGAGGAUAAAUGAGAAGAAACUUUCCUCCACACAGAAGAGCAGUGAACCCUUGCAGCGGCCUCUGUGGAACAUAAGCAAAGAACCAGGUAUGCCUCAUCCUCCUUUAUCGCAGCAGUCAGUCUUUGAGUCACCACAACUCCAUCAAAACGAGGGCCUGGCAGAGAGUGAUCCAGACUGUUCCUCUUCCCCCAUGCCCUGUCACAGGUUACACGACCACACUUUUGAUUUUAGUAGGACUCGGAACAUUCAAGAUGGCAGUGAGGGCACAUGAAACUCACUCCAGAAUGAAAUCUGGGCAGACUCAAAUUAGUUGAUUUUGUAUUUACUACCUCAGAGUUCGGAAGAAACCCCAAAGUCAGCAUUUGCUUUGCUCUUUGUCUAUAAUUACAUCUGACCACAUCAAGGGGGCCCAGACAUUUGUUUGGGCUUAUACUUGACGAAGAAAGGGUAAUGGCUGACAGAAAUGGGUACAUCUAAUAGAAAAUGUGCAACACAGGCGGAGGAAGAUAGAGGACAGAGUGCUGUCUUAUGGUUCUACUGGGAUGUGCCCAGGUGCUCAUUGCCUGUUAGGGAGAGUCUCAUUGCUGCUUAACACCCUGGAUUGUCUCAACCUACCGAAUGAUCCUGAGUAAACAACGCUGUUCUAUUUUGCCUUCCAAGGAACAAAAAUAACUUUGGAGCCUCCUGGGAAGUGUGCCUGGGAUUCUGCAGUGGUUUUAAUCCUAUAGUUGAGAGUGGGGCUUUGAUAUUCAAGGUCUUCAACAAGAAUCCCAGACUUGACCAACUAUUACUAGGUCGAGCGUUUUGUAUUCUUGUGAAUCUCUCUCUUCCUCUCUCUCUUUUUUUUGGUCCCUGUCGCCCAGGGAUCUCACUGUAUAUAUAUGUGCAUUUAUAAAUAAUUUUCGUAUUCAUUGGUCAUAUGUGUUGCAAUGUAAAUAUUUUUGAUAUGCCAAAAUUAUAUAUAAUAUUCAGUUAUAAUAUUGACAGCUGCUUCUCAGACCACAGAUUUUGUACAACUUGGUUUAGUGAAUCCAAAGACUUUGUUUAAAGUUUUAAAUACGUAUUUGUUAAGAAGUAUAAGUAUAGAAGCAGGGUACCUAGUAAUUGCGUACACACAAACACCAUCUUGGUGUAAUUAACCACUUUCUUUAUGCCUAAAGAUUUGUACAGCUAAUCAUUUGUUAUCUGUUUACAAGUGCCAGGUAAUAUAAUCUUUCAAGCAUAAAAAGGCUUUUUCAAACGACUAGCAGUCUUGUCAUUGUCAUAUGCGCAUAGAUAAAGGAAAACUUGUUUGGGGAAUAUCUUCCUUCAGCAAAGUACUUAGUUGAUGAGGAAACCAAAGAUUGCUUUUUUUUCUGUGUGUGUGUGUGUUUGUUUUUUAAAAUAAUAUCUCUUUUACCAAUGCACAGUAUGUCUUAAGAAGGGAAGACUGCUUUUGGGAGUAGAAGAAAGUGCAGAAAUUCUUAUACUGUAAAGCUUUAGAGUGGUCCUUGUUUUGUACAAGUGAUUUUUUUUUUUUUUUGUGGUACGCGGGCCUCUCAACUGUUGUGUCCUCUCCCGCUGCGGAGCACAGGCUCCGGAUGCGCAGGCUCAGCAGCCAUGGCCCACGGGCCCAGCUGCUCCGCGGCAUGUGGGAUCUUCCCGGACCGGGGCACGAACCCACGUCCCCUGCAUCGGCAGGCGGACUCUCAACCACUGCGCCAUCAGGGAAGCCCUGUACAAGUGAUUAUUUAAGCCAAAAAGUUUUCUUGAAUUUCUGAUAGCAAAAAGUUUUAUGUAAACAAAAGACUUAGUGCUCUAAUAAAGUGUAAUGGACUAAAGCUCUUCUUUCUGCUUUCAGAAA